AUUGAGAGAUCUUUUUUUGGGCCUAUUUUAGGGAUGGGCGGAAGGACUACUCUAUCAUGCAUAUUCACUAUUUGCAUACAGCCCCGGCCAUGCUUUUAAAGAUGCAGAGCUGUCGAGAGUAAACCACUUGAUGGCAUUGAUCCCAACGUACGCUUCAGAUAAAUACGCGACCGGAGGCAAAGUAACGUUCUCUGGUUUCUUCGUUCACUUCCAAAAAGAGAAUGGACUAUUUCUUGGCAUCCAUUUGAAAGGACCGUAAGCAAGCAAGCCAUCCCUUUUAAGGCACAGUAAGGUGAUAUUCAGUGACUUUACUUGCACUUGGAAUCAGCAUUCGAAGAAAAUGAUGACCAGUAGGGAUAAAUGGAGGGUUUACAAGCGGGUAUGUGUCGUGUUCUUUCUGGCUGCGGUGACGUUGACGGUGGUCCAGAGAGGGGCUCCCUUCCAAAUCGAGAGGCAGGGUCGCAUGGAGGCCCCCUCUGAGGGAGGGGAGAACAGGGCCCAGCAGCAGAAUACGGGCCUCUACCCAGGGACCAACACCUUCUGGAAGGCUAGCAAGGGCAAACAAGCCGAGUCUACAGCCACCGCCACUGGCACCACGGAGGAGUUCAGCAUCACCCAGGAGCGAGCUGGCUCCCGGACCUGGGACGUGUCCAGUGCCAACUGCAGUGCCAACCUCAACUUCACCAACCAGGACUGGUUCAGGGGCUUGGAGGAGAACUUUAAGCAGUUCCUUCUGUACCGCCACUGCCGCUUCUUCCCCAUGCUCAUCAACCAUCCGGAGAAGUGCUCCGGGGAGACCUACCUGCUCAUGGUCAUCAAGUCCAUCGCUACGCAGCACGACCGCCGCGAGGUGAUCCGCAAGACGUGGGGCAAGGAGCAGGUUGUUGACGGCAAGAAGGUGAAGACAGUGUUCUUGCUGGGGACGUCGUCCAACGAGGCUGAGAAGGCCAACCAUCAGAAGCUCCUGGAGUACGAGGACUACAUCUACAGAGAUAUACUCCAAUGGGACUUCCAGGACAGCUUCUUCAACCUGACCCUCAAGGAGACCCACUUCCUUAAGUGGUUCUCCACCUACUGUGCCGACGUGCGCUACGUCUUCAAGGGCGACGACGACGUCUUCGUCAGUGUGGAGAACAUCUUUGAGUACCUGGAAGCCAGCACCCAGGUCAAGAACCUCUUCGUUGGUGACGUGCUCUUCAAGGCCAAGCCCAUUCGCAGGAAGGAGAACAAGUACUACAUCCCACAACCACUUUACAACAAGACCCACUACCCUCCAUACGCCGGAGGCGGUGGGUUCCUCAUGGACGCACCCCUGGCCAGGAGGCUCUACUGGGCCUCAGACUCUCUGGAGCUGUACCCCAUCGACGAUGUGUUCCUGGGCAUGUGUCUGGAGGUGCUGCAGGUCACACCCAUCAAGCACAAUGCUUUUAAGACAUUUGGUCUGGUCAAGAACAAGGACAGCAAGCUCAACCAAGAACCUUGUUUCUUUAAGAGUAUGAUCGUGGUUCACAAGCUGCUACCGUCAGAGCUCAUACACAUGUGGAACCUGGUGAACAGUAAUCUCAUCUGUUCGCAGAAAGUGGAGAUCUUAUAGCCUGGUGGGAACUCUUAACUAGGCGAGGGGAGAAGAGUUGUGAUGUGUGAGCGGGCCGGGAGGCGGAUGUUUUGACAUCCAAUUCAAGUUCACCUUUGUUCAUAGUAGGACCCAGACAAUAUUUGAUUUAUUACAUUUCAGCAAACAUUCUUAUUCAGAGCAAUUAGGGUUAAAUGCCUUGCUCACAUCGGCAGAUUUUUCACCUAGUCGGCUUGGGGAGUCAAACCAACAACAUUUUGGUUACUGGCCCAACGCUCUUAACUGCUAGGCUACUUGCCUCUACUGCAUCACAGUGGAAGUAAAUUUUCUGGUGAUGUUUUUUUAUGUUCUGAUGUUUUUAAAUGACUCUCAAAGUCAGCAGGCACAUUCAGAGAUGCCAAACCAAAGGGGUUUGAGGUGCUGGCAGAUAGUGUUGCAAAGAGGACAGCCCCACAUUGUCAUGCAUCCUGUUGACUGUGUACUGAAAGUCAAACACCUUGUUCAUUUGGACCAGGCUUCACCUACACUGUAGUAACAUGGACCUUAUAAAAUAGCAAGAAACAAAGUGUCUCUACCUCACUAAUGUAGUUGAAAUUUCUUUUCUCGUUUAGGUAGUCAUUUGAAUAUAAUUUUGGUCAAGACAAAAAUGUCUUGUAAGCAUGUUUAACCACGUCAAUAGUCAAAUAAAUAAUAAUGUAAUUUGUUUUUCUCUACAUCAAACCCUGCAGUCCAACGUAGAGAGAGAGAGACCCUUUCAUAUGGGUCACUGCACUUCAAUAAGAUUGUUCAGUUUUCAUAAAGAAUUUGGACUGUAUACUGUAUGUGUCAAUGGAUUUGAAUGUGCUGAUAUACUUGAUAUGAAUUGAGUUGAGGGUUUAUGAGAGGCUCCCGAGUGACGUAGCGGUCUAAGGCACCGUGUCUCAGUGCUAGAGUUGUCACUACAGACCAUGGUUCGAUCACGGGCUGUAUUGCAACCGGCUGUGAUCGGGAGUCCCAUAGGGUGGCGCGCAAUUGGUCCAGUGUCACCCUGGUUAGGGAAGGUUUUGGCUGGGGUAGGCUGUCAUUUGUUUUUAUCUGAUUUUCCUAGUUAAAUAAAAGGUCAAAUUACAUUGAAACUGUGAAACAAAUCAACUACUGCUGAUACAUAUAUCGCAAUAUGUUAAUUUAAUAGCCCCGCAGACAAAGGGGCCAAAAGAGGUUGUUUGAUAUGUAAUUAAUUGCAGGGAAGGUAUUGGAAUUAAUGAAAAUGUGCAAAGAUUAUAGUUCCUCAUGUUUAGAGGGCAGUGAAUAUGUGUGGAUGAUGUAUAUAAAUGUUUUUAAAAAAAUCUAAAUAUAUAUAUAGGUUUAAAAAUCAUGUUUGUAAAUAAUUUUUUAAAAAAAUCAUAUGUGGGUCUUAUCAUUUUAUUGAUUUAUAUUGUACCAGUUCGACUAAUUGACAACAAACGGUGACCAACGAUCCAAACAAACAACAGAUGACAAAGGCUCACAUUUGAUCUUAACGUUGAUAGUAUGACCAAAAUGUUCAUUGUUCAUUUUAUUUCAAUGUUCACUUGUUAUAGGUCAACGGGAUUAUUUUAACCUCCAAAUGUUAUCCUCAACAUUGUUGAUGUUUUAACAUCAAAACAUAUCUUUAUACAUUCAAGGCUGAUUUAUCAAUUAAACCAAUGUAAAUACAUUACUUAAUUUAUGCCUUAAGGUAACAUGUAUUAUAGUAUCAUUUUGUAUUAGUGUUUCACUUCAAAUGUUACAUUUUUUUUUGUCACAAAUGAUAUGCACAUGACAGAACCAGAAACACAUUUAACAGAACAUUAACAGAGUUUUUAAAUCAGUGGUUUUUACUGGUUUCAGAGGCAGUUUAUAGAGUCCUGAUUGGUGUUCCCAUGGUUUUAUGUUCUCCUGCUGUAUAUCAUAUAACAGCGAUACUAUCAACUGUUAUAUUUAUCAUAGUGAUGCAGGAGUAACAUUAAAACAGAGUACGUGCAGAUGGCACUAAUUUACUAAGUGGGGAGGUGUGUCAUAGGUGAUGAAUGUGUAGGGCACAUCUGAAUUUCUACAGAUGUUGUGGCACAGCAAAAAGAUCAGCAUGCCUCAAAUCUAGAGGUUGAAAGUUCAAAUCACCAGGUGGGGUCAUUGAAAAGUCAGUACUGAGUGAUCAUGUCAACUGUAAUCAUGUUGGUUUGAUUAAAGAUUUUAUUUGAA